UCUAAGCAUACAUUGAUAUAUAGAUAUAGUUUAAGCCUGUUUGCAAGAACUUUAAAAACUUUAUACAAGAAAGAUGGGAGCCGAGAUUUCAACACAACAUAGAUCAGAUGAUGGAAAAGUGAAUUCAGUUCAUUCAUUAAGCAACUGGAAUACACAGUUUCAGAGCUCGACAACAUCAGAUAAACUGAUGGUGAUUGAUUUCUCAGCAGCCUGGUGUGGACCUUGUAAAUUCAUUGAACCUGCGGUCCAUGACUUAGCAGUUGAGUUUUCAGAUGUUGAUUUUGUCAAGAUUGAUAUCGAUGAGUUACCCGAUGUGGCUAAGGAUUUUGAAGUACAAGCAAUGCCAACAUUCGUAUUGGUCAAGAAAGGGAAAGAACGUGAAAGGAUUGUUGGGGUCAAGACGGAUGAACUUCAUAGGAUGAUUGAGAAACACAGAUUCUAAGAAGUAAGAACCAAUAUCUAUCCUGGAUGAGGAUACGAGAUCAUUGCAGCUUAUUGAAGCUAUUCCUAUACUUCGAAUAAAGUUUGGCUAGAAAGUAUGUGUCUCAAGUCAUGAAAUUAUGUUUGUACAAUUUUGAAUUCUUAAUCUGAAAUUAUUGAAAUACAAUGAAAAGUAUUCGAUUGUUGUUUGAAA